AUGCAUGAAGAUUGGGUUUGUGAAGUAUGUCUUUCUGAGAAUGACAUAGAUUCUCUAAAACCUGGCCAGGCAGAAGAUGUUUUGGAUUCCUCUAGAAAACAUUGUUUUGAACUGGGAAGGCAGGUUACAUGUAAAAGGCCAAAGGCCAUUGAAACAGGCAAAGUGAAGUUCCUUCCGACUGAGGAAGUCAUUAAGCUAUCAUCAGGCUCACCAAGAAAGGAAUUUCCUUUGAAGAGCAACUUCAGAUCAAAACCUGUCCCAGCAAAAUUGACUGCAUCUUUGUCGAAGAGGUCAUUUAUGGGACCCAAAACUGUAGGCCCUUCUUUUAACCCAAUAAAGGUGAGAUCAAAUCCUAGUUUUUCACAGUUAGGAUCUUCGACGCCUCCUAGAUGUGGUGGUCUGCAGAUCAUUUCAUCAAUUAGUCAGCAUGCAGUCAAAACAUCAAAGGAGUCAAAAGAAGAAAAAGCCCCUCAGGCACUUGCAAAGAUAUACAGUAGUAAUGAAGAGCCAGUAUCUUCUGUUAUGUCUGCGAAAGAAGUCAAGACUGUUAAUGCUAAAGCAAUGAACAAAAUGAAAGAGACAUUGUCUGCAUCUUCAACCUUAACGCCUAGUUUGCCUAUCAUCAAUACAGAAAGUGACCUUGUUGUUCCCAACAAAGAGAAUGUUUGCAAGGGACAGAUAUCGGAUGCCAUCCUACCUAAUAAUAAGCAAACAAUUCUUCCUACAAAGACAGAGGAGACUAUGAGAUCAAGCAGACCUUCACCAUCAAGGCUUCAUACAACUAUUGUAGGUUCAGAAAGAGAAUCCUGGAAUAUUCGACUUAAGGUUUCCCUAUACCGCCCACAUCUUCCUGCUCUUCAUACUACUUGGAUGGGAGGUUUCAAAUUUCUUGAUGCUGCUACCCCAGGUGAAUUUUAUGGUGGUUUCCUGGCUCGACCUCCAUGCAGAGUCCAUCGUAAAGCAUAUGAGUUUUCACAGAAAAUGCCCCCAGUCCUUCAGAAAGGUGUGUGCCAACAUCGAAUUCUGGCUUAA